AUGCAGACCUAUAGACAAUACCUUGAUGACAUCGAAGAAAUAAGGAUGUUAAGCAAUCCAAUUCCUCCAAGUUUACAGCUACUAGUUGCCAUGAGAUACAUGGCUACAGGAAAUUUAAUAACUCUGGGAGACUUCUUUCUGCUGCUUUUGCCACUCUUACACCAGAUUAUAUUACCAGGUAAAUUCCCCUUUCCUGAACGAGAAGAAGAAUUCAUGCAGGAAUUUGCCUCUAUUGCUGGAAUGCCAGGUGUGAUAGACUGUAUAGAUGGGACUCACAUUCCUAUGAGGAGCCCUGGAGAGCCAAAUCCUGAACUAUACAGGUGUAGAAAGAAUUUCUUCUCCAUUAAUGUCAUAGCCGUAUGUGAUGCACACAUGAAAUUUACAAACCUUGUCGCAAACUGGCCGGGCAGUGCUCAUGACUCCUGCACAUUCACAACGUCAAGACUUUGUGAAAGUCUGCAGGCCGGUGAAUAUCGAGGCUUUAUCCUUGGUGAUAGUGGAUAUGCGUUGCGUCCACACCUACUCACCCCAAUCCAUAAUCCAGCUAAUGAAGAGCAGAGGAAAUAUAACAGAUCUCAUCUUAAAACAAGAACUACAAUUGAAAGGACAUUUGGAGUGUGGAAGAGGUGAUUUGCUGUAUUGCAACAUGUGAGAGCAAAGCUGUCUACUACCAAAAAUAUUAUAAUUGCAUGUGCAGUUCUCCAUAAUAUUGCGUUGAUUUCUGGACUUCUACUGGACAUAGAAGACAUGCAUUUCAAAGACCCUAACGACCCUGAAGAAAUGGUCAGAUAUGGAAAUCUUGAAGGUCAAGCAAGUAGGGAGUACAUAGUGGAGCAUUUUUUUUAGUUAAUAAAGUACAUUAAUGUUUAUUUCAGUACUUUGAUAAUAAUCAUUAAGAAGUAAUACAGCUUUAGUUAGUUGGGUAACUACUAUGUUCCAUACAUUAUUUUAAGUGGUGAACGAUUAUGUCAUUAAAUUUUAAUAAAAUAUCGGUUUCUCAGACUCUAUUAGUUAUAAAAUAUUUGUUUUGUAAUGUGUAUUCAUUCAUUCUUAGAAUCACGUUGCCUCAAAUUGUCUAAUUUUUACUUCAUUGAGGUCUUUAAUAAUGGACCAUAACUCAAUAUGUAAGGUAAUUCACCUGUGAGGUUUUAUGAAGACAACUAAAGGAAAGAAUUAUAGAUUUAUUUUUUCUAAAUGUGUAAAAAUUAAGAAAAUAAACAUUAAUUUUUC